AUGGGUUCUUGGUCGUUGUCAGCAUCUUCACAAGUUCAUGUAGCAGUGGUUUCUCAAACUCUGAGCUUUCUCUUUUUCCUCUUCUUUUCAAAUGGAGCCUUGGGGGUUACUUUUACUAUUGUAAACGACUGUGGGUUCACUAUCUGGCCUGCAAUCUUUAGCAUUCCGAGUUUAAAUGAAACCGGAUUUGCGCUCACAAAAGGUAACUCACGCUCUUUUCAAGCUCCGGGUGACUGGAUUGGUAGUAUAUGGGGUCGGACAGGUUGCAACUUCAAUAGCUCAGGUAAAUGGUCAUGUACCACAGGUAAUUGCGGCACAAAUGUCACCAAUGAAAUGGAGUGUAAUCCAUAUGGAAGAACAACACCCGCCACGAUUGCUGAUUUCUUCAUCAAUCAAAUCGAAAUCAACAGCCAGGACAUUUAUGAUGUCAGCAUUGACCAGGGCUACAAUUUGCGAAUGCUUGUGGAGCCAACUGCCGGUUCAGGUUCCAGUUUACGUAGUUGUGCAAAGACGGGUUGUGUUGAAGACUUGAAUCAGCGCUGUCCAAGGGAGCUAACUUUUGCAGGUGGUCAGGUGUGUAAGAGCGCUUGUACAGCUUCUGGCUCUCCCGAGUAUUGUUGCAGUGACUCGUUUUCAUCACCCUCAUCUUGCAAGCCAACAGCAUAUGCGCAGUUGUUUAGGUCAGCCUGCCCAAGAUCUUAUAGUACCACAUAUGAUCUACAGACUACUACAUUUUUGUGUAGUGGUGCCGAUUACACUAUCAGAUUUUGUGCGGCUGCCAAUUCAUUUUCAAAAAUCAAAUUUGGCGGUUAA